UCCUCAUUCCCGUUCUCUCUCUCUCUCUCGUGUCGCACCCGCUAGCUCUCGUUCUCGCUCUUGUGGUGAAAAUCCCUUAUCUAUUUUCUGAUCACACUUCAGUUGCAAUUCUUCUCUCUGUUUAGCUUGUUUCCUUUAGUUGCAGCUCAAAGUUCAUACAGGUCAUGAUUAUCUCCUUGCAGUUUAUAAUCUUUUCCACGUCAAAGCUUUCAUUUAGAAGAAUGUUGGAUUUGACUCUAAUUGUUUGCAGCUCAUGAUUGUUAUUGGAACAUCAGGCUCAUUCUUGAUAGGAAGUGUCUUAAAUUGGAGAAAACUAGCUCUAGCAGGGCUUGAUCCUUGCAUUUCCUUGCUGAUUGGUUUGCUUAAAAUGAAAAUGUUUAAGAAGCUGAAGAAAUUCAGGUACUUCCCAAGCCCCCCCCCCCCCCCCUCCCCCCCUUAAUGAAUUGAGCAUUUUUAAAGUAAAUUCCAGUGCAGCUGUGUGAAAAUUCUAGAGAGAAAUGUGCAAAUAAAUUGUUAGCAUUCCUGAGUUCAGUGGGCAGAUUACUUCCCCUGUUUCACUGAAGCAGGUCAUACUUUCGUAAUCUACACCCUUUGUGCAGGUCGCAUUUUCUCACGCAAACCUCGCCGUCUAUGGACUAUUUUCCACCAAAUUAACAAUCCUCUCAAGUCGAUGAUCUUCCCUGCAUUUACCGUAUAUUUCGUUCAAUUAUGGAUGGAAAUUGACUGAAAUUAAAACCAAAAGUGCAAAUGACAGUAAAUAAAGGGGACAAUAACUGCUAAUUUCUUUUGUUAAUGACUAAAAUUGUACAAUUAAGAAAAUGUCGAUGACAAAAAAUGCAAUUGAGCCAAAAUAGUAGGAGUACAUAAGUUUAGUCCUUAUGAAGUGCCACAAUUUGACAAAAUAAGUGCCACUAAAAAGUAAAAACACUUUAGACACAGAGAUCGCUUUUAAUAACUAAUCUCUAAUUUUAAAAAUAAAAACUCUCGUUUUAUAAGAUUAUCACAUAUAAAUAAAAAGAUUGAAAUUGAAACAAAUUAACGCUUUAUAGUUUAUCCACAUAUUUAGCGAUUUCAAAAAAAAAACAUAUUUAGCCAAAUCUUAUCAAUUAAUUUAAAUUCAAAUAUUAUUUUGGUUACAAUUUAAAUUCUUUUUUUUUGAACGUACAAUUUAAAUUCAAAUAUAAUAUUAAACUAACAUUUCAAAUAAAUUUAUGAAUAUGAUCAAUGAUUCCAGUUAAUCUGGUUUUAUAUAUAAAUAACGCCUUGUUAUGAUAAGUGAAGUAAAUCAAGCAACGAUGAAGUUAAUAAACAUAUCAGAAGAAGGAGUUGAUAGGAUCAGUGCGUUACCGGAUGAAGUUCUGGGUCGCAUCUUAUUUUUCCUUUCAAGCAACGAAGUAAUAGCCACAUGCUCAUUGUCUAAGAGAUGGAGAUAUGUUUGGAAAAUGGUUCCGGCGCUGGACUUUGUAUGCUUGCCAGAUAUGACUAUGAAGGCUCACACCAAGGUCAGUGAGUUCUUGAGGUUAUGCGGAACAAAAAGGAUCACAAGGUUUCAUGUCAAAUGUAAAAGCCAUAGCCAUCAAUGUUCGCAGCCGCUCCAGGGUAAUACCGGUCAUUGUUGCUUAGCUUAGAUCAUAUCCAAGAAUUUGUUGAUGCAGCCAUAGCCGUAAAGGUUGAACAAUUGAGUAUCUCCAUGUCAUGCCAGAGCUAUGAUGAGCCUUUUUUUGUACCUACAUACUUGUUCACCUAUACGGCAAUUGUCACCUUGAAGCUUGAAGGUCCAUUCAUUCUCCCCGUUCCUUCUUCUGUUCAACUCCCCUCUCUCAAGAGCUUACAUCUCAAUGUGCGAAAAUGUGAACCCUCUUGUGGGAAGUUUCUCUCUGGAUCUCCAUCGCUUGAAGUGUUCUACCUGAAGGAAGGAGAAGGCCUUGAGAUUGAGCGAAACUCUCGAUGUAACCACAUCGUCUCAAACAACCAAUUACACAAGCUUGUUAUCGAAAGUGAUCCUGGUUAUGAUUAUGUCCAAGACUAUUUGGAGGGUCAUUUGGAAAAUGUGGUGAAAGCUAAGGUAUAUAUCAAAUUGUAUAAAGUUUCCUCUCAGGAGUUUCCCAUUCUCAAAGCAAUAUGUAAUGUUGAACUUCUGUCCUUGUGGGAUUGGAAUCAAAGCAUGGUUGACUAUUCCUCUCUUGAUUUUCAUCAAUUUCCCAAUUUGAUUCAUCUCGAGCUUCAUCUUGAGAGCGAUGUGGUCUCCCUCCCCAUAACCUUGUUCACCUGCACCACAGUUGUGAUAUUGAAGAUUGCGGGUUGGUUCAUUCUCCCCGUUCCUUCUUAUGUUCAACUCCCUUCCCUCAAGAGCUUGCAUCUCGAAGUGCUAAAAUGCGAACCCUCUUAUAAGGAGUUUCUCUAUGGAUCUCCUGUUCUUGAAGUGUUCUAUCUGAAGCAGUGGUAUGAUGGGUUUGAGGAGUUAAGGAUUGAGCGAAACUCUCUAGGUAACUUCAUUUUCUCAAAGAGCCUCUAUCUUAACCUUGUUAUACAAAGUGAUCGUGGUUGUGAUUAUGUGCAAGACUAUUUGGAGGGUCAUCUGGAAAACAUAGUGAAAGCUAAGGUAUCUAUGACACUGCAUAGUAAGCCCUAUCAAAGAUAUAUAGUCCAAUCUCGCGCGUUUUCCAUUCUCAAAUCAAUACGUAAUGUUGAAUAUCUAUCCCUGAAUGAUGCCUUCAAAAGUGAUAUGUAUAAUUUGUCUCAUCAUGAUCAUGAUCUUCCACAAUUUCCCAAUUUAGUUGGCCUAGAUCUUCAUGUUACAGACCUUGAUCACUCGCCGUAUUUAAAACUUGCUGAUCGUGCCCUGUGUCCCAAGCUGGAAAAGUAUUGGCUCAAUGACAGGCGUGAAUUGUAACAGAGGCAGAGUUCUGAACCUGGACCACAUUUUAAGGAUUGACCCCAAAGAGUUAUAUAUCAAGCGUACUCCAUCAUGGGAAUGUAAUGAACUCCCAAAUUAGUUAUCAUCAUUUAUAGGAAUUAUCAAAUUAGUUUACCAGCAUUUUUGUAAUUUUUGUAUUUUUAUACAUCACAUUCGUUCUCUUUUUUUUUUUUUUAAAAGCACAUUCGUUCUCUUUAUCCUGUAUUGACAUGAGGAUAAACAUAAACUUGAGAAAAAAUAAAGAUUUUAAUAUGACAUAAAAUUAAGAACUCUAUUGCUGUUAUGUUAUUUUUAAUUUAAGUUUAAUGAUUCUUAUAACAAUUAGGAACCAAUUUGAGAAUUCACUUUUUAAGAAAUUUAAAAUAAGAAAUUAUAGGUAGAGUUAUCGUUGAUUCAAAACCACUUGAGAAUUAUUCAUUGAAAAGUAAAGGAUCAGAAAAUUCAAAAUUCAAAAUCAAUUGGAUUCAGUCUUAUACAUACGUGAGGAAGGUAAAAGAAAGAAGCCCCGAUCAAUUCGAUCAAGCACUCACCAUUGAUUUUCAUUGUUCAACUCCUUAACAACAUGAAAAAACAUUGUCUGCCCGAUUAGUUACAAAUGCUUUUUGACAAGCAUUUUCCGCAGUUGGACACGUGAACCAAGAACCUAUUAGUAGAUAAGAACACAUUCCAACCAACUCCCAAAAAAAAUUAGGAUUAGGAAUAGGCACCAGGGUUAUCCCUUAAACCUUGCACCACUUUUGUCCAUGGAUGUUUCAUCUUUUGAUUGAGUUUAAUGAAAGCUUUUAUUUUUACCGUUAAAAAUAAAAAUAAAAAGUUAGAAAAAAUAAAAGAAAUCAUAGGAUAUAGCUAAAUUUCUUAUUUUAAACGCAGAUCGGUAUUUAGAACUGUCGGUUUAUACAAACAUUCUAAAAUUUUACAGAAUCAUAUUUGAAAUUGAAACUUAAUUAGUGCUUUGUAUCUACAGAUAUAGCUAAAUCGUAUCAAUUUAUUCAAAUUCAAAUAAAAAUAAGAUUUAUUAAUAUAUUCAACCAUACCAAUCGAUCUGGUUAUAUAUAACGCAUUGGUUUGCUGAGGGAAAUAAAUCUUGUAACGAUGAAGAAAAUAAACAUAUCAGAAGGAGUGGAUAGGAUCAGUGAGUUAUCAGAUGAAGUUCUGGGUCACAUUCUGUCUUUCCUUCCAAGCAAGGAAGCCAUAGCCACAUGCUCGUUGUCCAAGAGAUGGAGAUAUGUUUGGAAAUUGGUUUCGGCGCUGGACUUUGUAUGCUUGCCAGAUAUGACUAUCAAGGCUCACACCAAGGUCAGUGAGUUCUUGAGGUUAUGUGGAACAAAAACGAUCACUAGGUUUCAUAUCAAAUGUAAAAGCAAUAUCCAUCAUUGUUGGCAGCCGUGGAAUGAUCUCGAUCUCGAGCGUAAUACCGGUCCUUGUUGCUUAUUUCAUAUCCAAGAAUUUGUUGAUGCAGCCAUAGCCGUAAAGGUUGAGCAACUGAGUAUUUCCAUGGCUCAACACGGGAAUCGGAACUAUGAGCAUGUUUUCAUGUCUCAACACCGGAACCAUGGGCCUGUUUUCUUUGUGCCUGCAAACUUGUUCAACUGCGCCACAAUUGUGACCUUGAAGCUUGAAGGUCCGUUCAUUCUCCAUGUUCCUUCUCGUAUUCAACUCUCUUCUCUCAAGAGCUUGCAUCUCAAUGUGCGAAAAUGCGAACCCUCUUGUAAGAAGUUUCUCUCCGGAUCUCCGGCUCUUCAAUUUUUUUAUCUGAAUGAAAUAAAUAACCUUAGGCUUAAGGAGUUUAGGGCUGAGCGAAAUUCUCAAGGCAACUUGAUCGUCUCAAACAAUUUGCGAAAUCUUCAUGAGUAUGAUUAUGUAUACAUGACACUACACAAAGUUGAUGAUCACUCUCACGUGGUUUCCAUGCUCAACGCAAUGCAAAAUGUUGAAUUUUUGUGUGAUUGGAAAGAAAUGAUGGAGGUGAAUCAUCAUUGCUCUAUUGAUUCUCCGCAAUUUCCCAAUUUGGUUCAUCUCGAGCUUCGUCUUAGGAAUAAUGUGGUUUCUCUCCCCAUCAAUUUGUUCACCUGCACCACACUCGUGAAUUUGAAGAUCGAGGGUUCAUUUACUCUCUCGGUUCCUUCUUGUAUUCAACUCUCCUCUCUCAAGAGGUUGCAUCUCAACUUGCGAAAUUGUGAACCAGCCUCUUGUAAGGCAAUUCUUUCCGGAUCUCCAGCUCUUGAAUUUUUCCACUUGAAGCAUGAGUGGCGUGAUGGGUUUGAGGACUUGAUUAUUGAGCGAAAUUCUGGAGCAAACCUCAUUGUCUCGAAGAAUCAAUUAAUCAACCUUGUUAUACAAAGUGAUGGUGGAUAUGAUUGUUUCCAAGACUAUUUCGAGGGGCAUUUGGAAAACAUAGUGAAAGCUAAGGUAUUUAUGACACUAGAUCCCAAUUGGAGUAGUAAUAUUCGUGAGGUUUACACUCACGCGUAUUCCAUUCUCAAAGCUAUGCGCAAUGUUGAAUUUCUGUCCUUGUGUGAUAUUAGCCUUGAGGGUUAUUCUUCAGUUGAUCUUCCAAAAUUACCCAAUUUGGUUCAGCUCCAGCUUCAUAUUAACCACUAUUCCUCCCAAAUUCUAAAACUU